AUGGAUAUAAAUAAUAGCAAAAGGUCCCAUAAAAUCACUAGUAUAGCGUCCCAUGUACCUGAUCUUGUGGUGUACAGUACCAUAAAACAAUUGCCAUACGCAGAAAACUUCCAGGGUGUUCUGCUUUUUGCAGACGUGUCAGGCUUCACUAAUCUCACGGAGAAAUUCAGUCAAAGCUGUAAAAAAGGCUAUGGAGCUGACGAGCUCACACGGACACUGAACAGCUACAUCGGGGAUAUUGUCAGCCACAUUCUUGAUGCAGGUGGAGACAUCUUGAAUUAUGCAGGAGACGCAAUCUUAGCACUCUGGGCGGUUGAGCUCAAGCGGCUCAGUGACGUAAUCUCCCUCGUGGUAAAAUGCAGCCUGGUCAUUCAGGACAAGUGCGGCGUCCGGAAGACGGGAGUCGGCUGCCAGCUACGAGUCAAAAUAGGGAUAUCAGCUGGAAAACUUUCAAAAGUGAUCGUUGGGGAUGACGUUAGCCAGUACUUUGUGGUGAUUGGUCGAGCAGUCGACGAGGUGCGACUUGCCGAAGGAUUAGCGGUCGCCAGCUCAAUCAUCUUGUCACCCAACGCCUGGGAACAAUGCAACAGGGACGACAUACUUGUUGACAAGAUAGAGAACGAACGAGCUGUCAGGGUGAGGUACCUUAAGCAAGACCCCAAAUUUCCUGUUGAUGAGUACAAAGCUUCAAUGGGCACCGACCUGCAAUAUGAAGACCCAACGGAAGGCUGUGUAAGAAAAGCCUGCAGACUACUGCCAAAUCCUGAGUUGGAAUCAUGUCUGAGGAAAUAUGUAAUUGAAACAGUUUUGCAAAAGAUUGAUGCCAACCAGCCUCUGGAGUAUCUGUCUGAGAUGCGUCCGGCCACCAUCGUGUUUGUCAACCUGCAGUUCCAGGGACGGGAGAGUGACGCGGAGCUCUGCUCAGCCAUGCAGCUGGCCGCCCUGGGCAUCGCACGCCUGGUGACCAGGCGGCACGGCAGAGUCAACAAGGUCUUCAUGUUCGACAAGGGCUGCACAUAUCUGUGUCUGUUCGGUCUCCCUGGAGACAAGCGGGAAGACGAGAGUGCCCAGGCGCUGCAGGCUGCCUACGGUGUUUACCAGCUCCUCCUGCAGAAGCUGAGCUGUCUGAGGACCGUGUCUGUCGGCGUGACGACCGGCCCGGUGUUCUGUGGCGUUGUGGGUCAUCCUGUAAGACACGAGUACACAGUGAUCGGCAGGAAGGUGAACCUGGCAGCCAGACUGAUGAUGUACUACCCAGGCCUGGUGACAUGUGACCAGGAGACCUGCCACUACUCCAAGCUGCCGCAGAUGUACUUCAGCAAGCUGCCUGAGAAGCCCAUGAAGGGUGUGGAACACCCUGGUUCAGUCUACCAGUUUGUGGCUCGCAGGGACCAGAUCAACGUGGGCAAAGCGGCCAUAUCUGUGUUGAGAGAGGAGGGGUAUCCUCUCCUAGGUCGCAGCCCAGAGAUGGAGGUGUACUCCAGCACGGUCAGCAGCUACCUGGAGGCCAGGAUGGACGCACACAUGGACUACACCAACAUCGUCAUCUUCGAAGGAGCUGCCGGCUACGGCAAGAGCCGUCUGCUAGCUGAGAUCGUUUACAGAGCCACGAAGGAGGGGAUGAGGGUGGUGUCGUUGGAGCUGAGCAAGGUGGACCUGAAGGAGUCGUGCUACACGCUCCGGCUCCUGCUGGCCAGGCUGCUGGGGCUGCAGGACUGUAAGAGCUACGCCACCCGCGAGAGAGCCAUCCUGGAUCACAUCACAGAGCCAGACAUGAGGCACAACCUCUGCCUGCUCAACAGCAUCCUGCUGGUCAAGUUUCCGAUUUCAAGAGCCGUGUCACUCUUGGGCCACAAGGAGAAACGCAGGGAGACAGCUAACUACUUCAUUAAGUUACUCUGCCAGUUUGCAGAGCAGCAGCCCUGUGUGUUUGUGUUGGACGAGGCUCACUACGUGGACUGUGCGUCCUGGUCUGUGCUGCUGCAGCUGCAGCUGCAGGCCCAUGUGCUGCUGUUCCUGUCCACGCUGCCCAGCAGCACGGCCCAGCCCAGCUCCACACUAGCCUCCCUGGCCGGCCUGCCCCGCUCACGCUGCCUCAGGCUGGCCCCCCUGGAGCCCCUCGUCAUCACACAGCUGGCCUGCCAGAUGCUGGGCGUGGACCUGAUCCCCAGCCAGGUGGAGGUUUUCCUGGUAGAGAGGAGUCAUGGCGUGCCGUUCUACUGUGAGGAGCUUCUGAGGAGUCUGUACCAGUCCCACAUGAUCGGGCUGAGGAGGAGGGAGGAGGAUCAGGAGGACCCCUGCCUCCUGCUGUUCCCCAGCGAGGCCAUGCCGCGCUCCCAGUCCAGCAGCGUCUGGGGCCACGCCCACACCAGCGUCUGGGGCCACGCCCACACCAGCGUCUGGGGCCACGCCCACACCACACCUGCCCCCCCGGGGGCUGCUGGAGUGGAUAAAAGCAUAUCGAGGAAUGGCAGGACGUUUCUGUUUGGACAACCUGUGAUAAAGAAGCCCUCCACAAUUCGGAAGAUUAAGUGUCUGGAUAAAUCUCAGAAGAAGCCCCAGUAUGUCUGCUGUGUGAGGGAGGAUGCCAAGUUCCACGACUUCCCCAUCCCUCUGACUCUUAAAGGCAUGGCCCUGGCCCACCUGGACCACCUCCGGCCCACAGAGCAGAUGGUGGUGAAGUGUGCUGCAGUCAUCGGCCACACCUUCACCACCCACAUCCUGACCAGCAUCAUGCCGGAGGGCUCCGAGGCCACGCUGGGGGCUUCGCUGGCCCUGCUCUUCCAGUCGGGCACUCUGGAGUGUGGCUCCAAGCCCAGGCAGAGGCAGUGCCGGCAAGCAGGCGAGGCUGGGCGCUGGGGGGAGCUGAGCUGCUUCUGUGAGCACAACAACCAGGAUGUCCACACAGACGGGGUGAGGCUGGCAUUUGGGGGGGGCGUGUGGUGUUGCCAGGUGAUGCGUUUCUGCACGGUGCUGGUGAAGGACACAGCGUGUGAGUUGUGGCUACGGGAGCAGAAGAAGGAGCUCCAUGCGCGCUGCGCCCGCUACCUGCAGCAGCAGCCCCACAGCUGCCCCAGCUGCCGCCACGCACACUUCAUCUACGGACACGGGGCCGCUGUGGGCCUCGCCAGCGGCCAGGACGAGCCCAGCUCGCCGCAGCAGGACGCGGCCGGGCCCACGGGGCUGCCCACGGGGCUGCUCCGGAACCUCCAGGGCCUUGAUGGUAUCCGAGGUAACCAGGUGCAGCCACUGCUUCCUGACAGCACAGAGAAGCAGUUCCUGGCCAGGCUGGACUCCAUGCUGGAUGAGGGCAGCAGCAGGGGGCAGCGGAUGAGGGGCUGCAGCUGUGAGCAGGUGGUCCAGUGUGUUCUGGAACCCAUCAUCCGUCACUGGGCCGGCGUGGGCGACGUGUCCAGAACCUUCUACUACCUCCUGGAGACUGCUGCAGCCUCCUUAUACCUCCACGACCACCUCAGGGCUCUGUCCUACCUGAACGAGGCCAAGGCGAUCCUGGACAACCUCCGCUGUGGCCUGCCUGCCUUUGAGACAGCCAAGCCCUCGGUGAGGGUGAAGAUCUGCAGCUUCGAGAAGGCCUGUGUCUUCCGUCUUAGUGGAGAGGUGCUGUACAGCACAGGCCAGAUUGGCGAAGCAGAGGAGAUGUUUGUGCGAGCGCUGAAGCACCUGAACAGGAGACUCCCCAGGACCCGCCUGGCCGCGGCGCUGAAGCUCACCCUGGAGAGGCUGAAGAGCCGCUUCUACGCGUCCACAACCUUCAGGACCCCAGGGAAGAAGCAGCUGGCCCGUCUAUGGGAGCAGGUGUCCUGUCUGUCCUACCUGUGGCAGAUCUGCUGCAUGAGGUCCUCAGCCAAGCACACGCUCCACGCCUCGCUCGCCAUCGCCAUGGAGAGGAACUCUGCCUGCCUCAGUUCCCAGGAACACAAGGUCCUCUUCUCGACCAUCGACUACUUCCUGUUCUGCGGGCUGCGGGGCCGUGAGGGCGAGUGCAGCAGGCUGGAGAGGCUGCUGUGUGGGGCGUGCCUGCAGCUGCCUGGGGGGCCAGAGGGGCUGCUUAUCAUGAGUCACCUGGUCCACACGCUCUGCAUCGUCAACAUGUGCUCCGGAGACCUGGCUGGCUCCAUCCAGUACGGUUACCGGGCUCAGAGAAUCAGCAUGCUGACCUGCCACCCAGAAGAGGACAGGGAGGUGACCAGCCAAUCAGGAGAGGACAGGGAUGUGACCAGCCAAUCAGGAGAGGACAGGGAUGUGACCAGCCAAUCAGCAGUGGACGUGGGGGUGAUCAGCCAGUCAGGAGUGGACAUGCAGGUUACAGCCAUCCUCCACAUCCCCCUGCUGUUCCUACAGAGGUACAAGGAGUGUGUGCAGCUCAUGCAGGUCCUGGAGGAUGUGGGCAGCAAGAGUGGAGUCAGCUCAGCUACAGGAUGGUUCUACAGUUCCUGCUUCCACACACUCCUCUACGCAGGCUUCUCCUUCAGGAGCUUUGAGAGGUGCUGCCGCUUUGUGGAGGAGUCCCAGUCCGACCCCAACCUGCUGCUGGACCACAGCCUGAUGGCUGACCUGUACUCUGCUCUGGCCCUCUGGUAUACACGGCUGCGUGAUUGGGAGAGGGCGCGUUUCUUUUAUACCAGAGUGUGUGCCAUCGUCCCCCAGACGCCCGCAUCCAUCCAGUCCACCAGCGGAGGGGCCAUGUUCCUGGAGUCCAGCGUGCUGCUGUUCAGGAAGGCCCUGAUGGAGAACAACAAGCACAUCCUCCUGCUCUACCACACCACCCAGAAGCACUUUGCAGAGUUCCAUUUGAAGUUCUCCAGCGUCCAGAUGUUCACUCCCAGGGUGCUGCACCUGAAGGCCUACCUGUACCUGCUGGCCGGUCACCAGGCCCUGGCACGGCUGCUGCUCUCCAGGGGCCUGCAGCUCAGCCAGGAGCAGGGGAACAGGCUGGAGGAGGCCUGGAUCACACACAGCCAGGCUGAGUGGUUUGGCACGCCCCCUACGAGCCCCAGUACUUGGCGUCCCUCCGCCCUGAGUAUGCCAUCCUGGGAGGAGGCCCAGACCAUGACCCUGGAGCAGCUCUCCUCCUCACACUACUCCUUCCAGGGCCUCCCCUCCAGGACCAGGCCCAUCCCGCGCCUCCCGCCCCGCCCCGAGGACGCCCGCAUGCUCAAGGACUGGCAAGCAGUCCCAGAAGCCUCAGAAAAACACGUCACAGACUAAACUAUCAAAAUAAUCA